CGUCGGAUGUCCAGUGGUUAACAGCCGCGUUUCGAUGAAAUUGUUUUAUUUCAAUUGAAAAAUAUCAAAAAUAUACACGUGUCUUUGCUGAGAAAGAGAAAAAAGAUGUCUAAAGCAGAGAAUUCAGAUCUUACAGCCGAAGAAGAUGCACCUCCUGUGGAAGUGAUAAGGACCGAUUGUGCUGACAAUACAGUUAUAAUUCUCGCAGUGAAAAGCACCAAUGUAAUGCAAGAAGAUGCUCUUGCACCCGCGGAAAUUGCAAAAGAGGUAUCAAACGCGCAGUUUGAAUUGUUUGAAAACAAGUGUUUAAUAGAAACGAAAAUUGACACAAAUGUACUUGGCGAAAAUGAAGUCGACAAUCCAGAUGCAUAUACUGAAGAGACUACUGAUAUAAUCACAGAAACCGCUCAUGUACCUGCGGAAGAUGUGAAUGUAAUUCAAAUCAAAGCGCAAAACUCUGCUGAAAGUGAAGAAACGUCACAGUUGAAAUUUAUCAACGAAGAAAAGGCCGAUACAUCAAAGCAGAAUGCAAGAGAUAACAUUGCGGCUUAUAUAUCCAGAUUGGAAGCAGAAGUGCGGAAAAAAACAAAAGAGCGCGACAGUUACCAGAAGAAGUUCGAAGAUGCAAAGACGAAGUUGACCGCCUUGCAAGCGUCCUACAGUGCGAUAAUAAAUCGUGGCAAUGAUGAGGAUACCCUACAACUGUUGCGCGAACAACUAGCACAGCUGACACUGAUGUACGAGGAACGGAAUCGCGUAAUCGUGAACCAGGAGAACCAAAUCAACGCUCUGAACAAUCAAGUGACCUCGUUAAAGGAGGUAGUUUCGAUCACGCGGGAUCUAUUGGAAAUUCGCAACAUAGAGAUGAAACAGUUGCAAGCUAAAGUCGAUAACAUGGAGAAGAAUAUCUCUCAGGAACGCGAUUGGCAUAACACGAUGAUUAGUAAAAUGGACGCAGCGAUGCGACUCAACGCCGAUCUCAAGAAAGAGUACGAAACCCAGUUAUCUCUGUUUCAAAGUCUUCGUGAAAAUUACAACAAGAAAAUUACUCUUUUGUCCAGAGAGAAUCAAAUCCUUGAAACAGUCGCAUCUGCACCUAAAUAAUAAUAAUUUUCAUGUCCUCAACA